GAUUUCCAGUGGCGGCGGCGGCGGGCGGGACCGGCCGGCCGGUCGGUCACACGUGUGACGGCUUAGGUACACACACACAAUACAUAUAUAUAUUUUAUCGUGUUUAUACACAAUGGACCGGCAAUACCCUCCCGAAGACCCUGCGGUCAUCAUUUCACUAUCAUCUCCUGUUCGGUACGGUCGUACGUGUUGUCAUUUCGUCGUCCGGCAGCUAUACGUCGCGCGCUUCUCGUACUCGUGCAGUUUUUUUACCGUUUCGCGAGACUCUCGUCCCGACACUCGAUAAAAGUUUAAUAUUGUAUAUAAUCGUAUUGUUUUAAGGACGAAUAAUACGGACGGUGAAGUCGCAAGUCCGCACGCGGUACAAUAAUACAUUUAUAAAUUAAUAUACUUGGCCGGUGCGCUAAACGGCAGAUCGUUCCGCGCGCGUCACACGACGUUCGUUCGUUACGUAUUAUAUUGUGAUAUAUUAUAUUAUUGUGUUGUAAAAUAAUAUCAUGUAAUAUCUGUGCGUACAUAUAUUGUCGUCGAAUCGAUUGGUUUGCAUCUAUACGCACAUGGUUUUUUCUGAAACGACGUCAUCGACAUCAUCGUCCGUCGCCGCAACAGACACAAUGAUUAUUUUACUAAUGUUGUUGGCCGUGCUACACACCGGAUUAGCGGCCAUCACCGGGUUCGAAGAAAUAGAGAAAAAUUUAAUUACAAAAUUAGGUUUAAGCCGAAGACCUGUGGUAGAAAAGAAUAUGAAGAUACCGUCUGCCACAAUGGAAUUGUAUAAAUCAAUGUUAGAAGAAAACAAUGCAAUGACCACUCAUUUUCCUCUUCCUGGUUUGCACACUACGUCUGCUAAUACUGCUAGGACUUAUUCCAACAAAGGAUCGGCUCCAAAUAGUUCAAAAUCUAAAAAAUAUAGGCUACAGUUCGAUAUAGAUUCUAUACCGGAACGAGAACAGUUUAAAGCUGCUGAAGUCCGUUUCACAAUGAUAUAUGAUACAGAAUUUAGAAAUGAAGAAUUUAUUCAUGUGCUUAUACAUGAUAUAGUCCAACCUGGCGCGAAGGGGCUGUCAAAACCUAUUCUCAGAAUUAUCGACUCGAAAUCAAUCAAUAUGUCAAAAGUUUCAAAGUCAGAAAUUAUCAGUUUUGACGUAACACCUGCUAUAGAGAGACUGUCGAGGAAUAAUUUCAAAGACAACCAUGGUAUGCUUGUACAAUGCGUCACGGAGUCUGGCAGUCAUACACAUUUACUCAGCGUCUUUGAUUUCGUAUCGCCUGAAAAAACAUUGCUAUUGAUCUACACCGAUGACGGAACAGGCGAGAAGACCGGCAAGAGCACGCUGGAACGGAUGAUGACGCGGCGGAGCAAACGGUCGGCCGACGGACCGGAAGCGCCGCAGCAGAAGAAAACGAGAAAGAAGAAGAUCUGCCAGCGGUACUCGAUGUACGUGGACUUCAAGGAUGUCGGGUUCAACGAUUGGAUUCAGGCGCCGCCGGGUUACGACGCGUUCUACUGCCACGGGGAGUGCACGUUCCCGUUGGCCAAUCACAUCAACGCGUCCAACCACGCGGUCAUGCAGACGCUGAUGAACUCGUACAAUCCGGCGGCGGUCCCGCGGGCCUGCUGCGUGCCGACCAGGCUCAGUUCGCAGACGCUGCUCUACGUGGACGACGACGGCAAGUUGGUGGUGAAGAACUACCCGGAAAUGACCGUGGACGAGUGCGGAUGCAGAUGAGCCGGAAUUCAAACGCGUCGGGCGAGAUACGUCGUUAUAUUUAUAUACUAAACGAAUCGUGACGAUGGACUAGGUUGUACCCGACUUUUCGAUCUGUCGUAUGUCGUCGCGCGCGAUGCAGUUUACCGGCGGCCUCAUCGCCGCAGUAAUAUACCCGCGGGCGUGUAUACGUUUCGUCAUAAUAAUAUAUUAUUUUUAUUAUUCUGUUACACAACGCAAAACCUUGUCGCCGUCUCGUUUUCAACCCGGAAACGGUCGAUAUAAACGUGUAUAUAUUCGUGGGUAAUAUUAUGAUGUAAUGUAUACCUUCUUCGUAUAAUGCCGUCGUGUACGAUAUUAUAUUAUUUUGCCGCAGCGUGUGCUCGCGCGUAUUCGUCCACAAAGUCAACACCGUCCAUAUAUUAUAGCGGCGAGUACCUGCGUUUAACGGUUUAACACCCAUACUUCUUUCCGUUCUACCAGCACCGAAAUCGUUAUAAAUAAACGUGUACGCUGCAGUAUAAUAGAUAAACUCGAACGUGUAAAGCAUUUUUUAUUUGUUAUUCUUUUCUCGCCAAUAUAACGUGUAAAUAACACAUGUACAUAGAAAAAUAAUUGUAAAUACCUGAAAAUGGUGGCAUAAUUGUAAAAAAAAUAAUUAUCAGUCUAGUCCAAAACAGAUACAAUUCCGUUUUAAUAAUGAAUAGUCACGACGAUUGUGUCUUAGACGCAUUGUGUUUAUAUAAAAAAAAUCCUAACACGAAUUUUUGUUACUAUUAUUGCUAUUCCUACUAUUUAAAUUAUUUAUUUAUCAUUUGUUUUCGUUAUUGUUUCAUUAAAUGGUAAUGCAUGAUGCGUACUGUAUUUGAAUAAAUAUUAUUAUGUAUAAUAUUAUAUUAAAAUAAAAAAUUUAAUUGC